GGAUCGAGCCAGACCGGUCCCCCCAGAGGAGGAACGAGCGAGACCGGUCCCCCCAGGGAAGGGUACAGAGAGACCGGUCCCCCCAGAGGAGGAACGAGCGAGACCGGUCCCCCCAGGGAAGGGUACAGAGAGACCGGUCCCCCCAGAGGAGGAACGAGCGAGACCGGUCCCCCCAGGGAAGGGUACAGAGAGACCGGUCCCCCCAGAGGAGGAACGAGCGAGACCGGUCCCCCCAGGGAAGGGUACAGAGAGACCGGUCCCCCCAGAGGAGGAACGAGCGAGACCGGU